CCCCCGCGUGCACGGAGCUCGCGGACGCCUCACCUUCUCAGCAGCCGCGUGCGCGUGAGCAUCCGGACCGGGUAGUGGUCCCUCCGAACCGGGUCGGAUCCGCCGGACCGGGGCUUUGCUGCAGGGUUAAAUGGCGCAGGCGCAGUAGAGGUGAGGCGGCUGUCCCGGGGAAACCUGCAGCAGUUUUCUGUCCUCACCCCCCCAGGGACGUCUGGACCUGCACCCCGCCCGGAACCAUGACCGGCACCGGCCAGGACGAGAGCUCGGUCCGGGUCGCGCUGAGGAUCCGUCCCCAGCUGGCCCGGGAAAAGAUCGAGGGCUGCCACAUCUGCACCUACGUGAUGCCGGGGGAGCCGCAGGUGAUCCUGGGGAAGGACAAGGCCUUCACCUACGACUACAUGUUCGACAUGGACUCCCAGCAGGACGCCAUCUACGCCUCCUGCACCGAGAAGCUGAUCGACGGCUGCUUCGAGGGCUACAACGCCACCGUGUUCGCGUACGGACAGACUGGGUCGGGGAAGACCUACACCAUGGGGACGGGCUUCGACGUCAACAUCGUGGAGGAGGAGCUGGGCAUCAUCCCGCGGGCCGUGACCCACCUCUUCAGCGGCAUCGAGGAGCGGCGCCAGGCGGCCCGGGACCAGGGCCAGCCCGCGCCCGAGUUCAAGAUCAGCGCCCAGUUCCUGGAGCUCUACAACGAGGAAGUUCUGGACCUGUUCGACUCCACCAGGGACAUGAAGCAGAAGUCGCACAUCAAGAUCCACGAAGACGCCGCCGGCGGGAUCUACACGGUCGGAGUGACGACGCGGACCGUGUCCUCCAAGGCUGAGAUGAUGCAGUGCCUGAAGCUGGGCGCCCUCUCCCGAACCACCGCCAGCACCCAGAUGAACGUCCAGAGCUCGCGCUCCCACGCCAUCUUCACCAUCCACCUGUGCCAGGUCCGGGUCUGCACCGCCGACAACGACGAGGAGACGGACAACCGCGUCUCCAACGGCAACGGGGAGGUGGACGAGUACGAGACGCUGACGGCCAAGUUCCACUUCGUGGACCUGGCCGGUUCCGAGAGGCUGAAACGGACCGGGGCGACGGGGGACCGGGCCAAGGAGGGCAUCUCCAUCAACUGUGGACUGCUGGCUCUGGGGAACGUGAUCAGCGCGCUAGGCGACCGCAGCAAGCGGUCAUCCCACGUCCCGUACCGGGACUCCAAGCUGACCCGGCUGCUGCAGGACUCUCUGGGGGGAAACAGCCAAACGGUGAUGAUCGCCUGCAUCAGCCCGUCCGACCGCGACUUCAUGGAGACGCUGAACACGCUCAAGUACGCCAACCGCGCCCGGAACAUCAAGAACAAGGUGGUGGUGAACCAGGACAAGGCCAGCCAGCAGAUCAGCGCGCUGCGCACCGAGAUCGCCCGGCUGACCAUGGAGCUGAUGGAGUACAAGACGGGGAAGCGUCUGGCGGGCGAGGACGGCGUGGAGAGCCUCAGCGACAUGUUCCACGAGAACGCCAUGCUGCAGACGGAGAACGGCCACCUGAGGGUCCGAGUGAAGGCCAUGCAGGAGACGAUCGACGCCCAGCGGGCCAGACUCACGCACCUGCUGAGCGAGCAGGCCAAUCAGACGCUGGCGCGGGCAGGUGAAGGCGGAACGGAGGAGAUCGGGAACAUGAUCCGCGGCUACAUCAAGGAGAUCGAGGAGCUGCGGGCGAAGCUGCUGGAGAGCGAGGCGGUGAACGAGAACCUGAGGAGGAACCUGUCCCGCGCCUCCAGCCGCCAGUCCUUCUACGGAGGCCCCGCCCCCUUCGCUGCCACCAUGUUGGCGCCCGACAAAGAGACGUCUGACAUCAUCGAGCUGGCCAAGAAGGACCUGGCCAAGCUGAAGAAACGGGAGAAGAAGAAGAAGAAGAGACUCCAGCAGCUGUUGGAGGAGAGAGAGAGAGAGAGGGAGGAAAGGGAGGAGGUGGUGGAAGAGGUUGAGGACGCCAGCGCCAGCAGGGAGGACGUCCCCGACAACGAGCAGGAGAAGGGCGCUGAGAAGGACGUCCUGGAGCGCGAGAAGGACGCGCUGCCGGAGCGCGAGGACGCCGACACGGAGGCGCCGGAGGCCAGCGACCACGAGGACGGGGACGAGGACGAGGACGACGAGGAGGAGGAGAUGGACGUGGAGGAGAGCUCCGACGACUCUGACUCCGAGGCCGACGAGAAAGAGAACUUCCAGGCCGACCUGGCCAACAUCACCUGUGAGAUCGCCAUCAAGCAGAAGCUGAUCGACGAGCUGGAGAACAGCCAGCGGCGGCUGCACACGCUCAAGCAGCAGUACGAGCAGAAGCUGAUGAUGCUGCAGUGCAAGAUCCGGGACACGCAGCUGGAGCGGGACCGGGUCCUGCAGAACAUGACCUCGGUGGAGAGCGGCACGGAGGACAAGACGCGCAAAAUCAAGACGGAGUACGAGAAGAAGCUGAGCAUCAUGAACAAGGAGCUGCACAAGCUGCAGUCGGCGCAGAAGGAGCACGCCCGGCUGCUCAAGAACCAAUCACAGUACGAGAAGCAGCUGAAGAAGCUGCAGAUGGACGUGGCCGAGAUGAAGAAGACCAAGGUCCGCCUCAUGAAGCAGAUGAAGGAGCAGCAGGAGAAGAACCGGAUGAACGAGUCUCGCAGGAACCGAGAGAUCGCCUCCCUGAAGAAGGACCAGCGGAAGCAAGAGCAUCAACUGAAGUUGCUGGAGGCUCAGAAGCGGCAGCAGGAGCUGAUUCUGAGGAGGAAGACCGAGGAGGUGACGGCUCUGAGGCGGCAGGCCCGGCCCACCUCCGGCAAGGUGAUCCGGAAGAUGAACCUCCCGGAGCCGAUGCAGGACUCCGCCCACAGGAGCUCUGGGCGGGGCUACUCCUCCAGCACCGCCACCAACGGCAUGCGGUCUUCCUACAGACGCACCACCGGCAUCUACUCCACCCGGAUCGCUCGCAACAAGUGGCACACGCUGGAGCGCAGGAUCACCGACGUCAUCAUGCAGAGGAUGACCAUCUCCAACAUGGAGGCCGACAUGAACCGCCUCCUCAAGCAACGGGAGGAGCUGACCAAGCGGAAGGAGAAGGUGGUCAGGAAGAGGGACCGGCUGCCUCGCGACGGGCCCGACCCGGAGAAGGCGGCGCUGCCGCUCAGCGAGGAGGUCGACGCGCUGGCGGCAAACAUCGACUACAUCAACGACAGCAUCGCAGACUGCCAGGCCAACAUUAUGCAGAUGGAGGAAACGAAGGAGGAAGGAGACACGGUCGACGUCUCGGCCGUCAUCAGUUCCUGCUCCCUGACGGAGGCCCGGUUCCUGCUGGACCACUUCAUGCUGAUGGCCAUUAACAAGGGCCUGCAGGCGGCGCAGCGCGAGUCCCAGGUGAAGGUGAUGGAGGGCCGGCUGAAGCAGACGGAGAUCACCAGCGCCACCCAGAACCAGCUGCUGUUCCACAUGCUGAAGGAAAAGGCCGAGUUCAACCCGGAGCUGGACGCGCUGCUGGGCAACGCCCUGCAAGAGCUAGGUAACGUCCCGGCCGAAACCGGGGAUGAUAGCAGCAGCGAUGAGUCAGCGCAGAGCCCGUCAGCAGAGGGAACAACCUUGGCGUCGGACCUCGCCAAGCUGUGUGGGGAGACCAGAACGAGGAACAAGGCCCGUCGGAGGACGACCACGCAGAUGGAGCUGCUGUAUGCGAGCACUGACUCCGCCCCCGACGGCCCCGGGGACUCCUCCUUUCCGAUGCUGCCAUUGGCCGAAGCAGAAGGGGGCGGAGACCUGGACGCGCCGGGCUCCUCAGUCAGGGACUACGCAGCUCUUUCCCCCGGCUUUUCCUCUAAAAUGGGCAGCAUCUCUGGCUCCAGAACUCUGGCAGCGGCGGACAAGCGAGCGCCGGAGCCUUCGCCGCUCGCGCGCAGGAAGACGUAUGACAAGGCGGCGGCGGCCGACAGGUCAAAGGUCAAGGAGAUGAAACAGGGCGUCAUCAACCCGGUCCCCAGCACCAAGAGCGGCCGCUCGGCGGCGCUGCUCUGCGUCCACGUGGCCGAGGGCCACAGCAAGGCGGUGCUGAGCGUGGACUGCACUGACGACCUGCUGUUCACCGGCUCCAAAGACCGGACCUGCAAGGUGUGGAACCUGGUGACGGGGCAGGAGAUCAUGUCCCUGGGCGGCCACCCCAACAACGUGGUGUCGGUGCGCUACAGCUCCAGCCUGGUCUUCACCGUGUCCACGUCCUACAUCAAGGUCUGGGACAUCCGGGACUCGGCCAAGUGCAUCCGCACCCUGACGUCGUCGGGGCAGGUGAACGUGGGCGACAUCUGCGCGUCGACCACCAGCCGGACCGUCACCAUUCCGGCAGGAGAGAACCAGAUCAACCAGAUCGCCCUGAACCCCCACGGCACGGUGCUGUACGCCGCGGCCGGGAACUCGGUCCGGGUCUGGGACCUGCGGAGAUUUGCGUCGACCGGGAAGCUGACGGGUCACCUGGGUCCAGUCAUGUGUCUGACGGUGGACCAGUCCGGAACCAACCAGGACCUGGUCAUCACGGGCUCCAAGGACCAUUAUAUCAAGCUGUUCGACGUGGCGGAGGGCUCGCUGGGCAGCGUCGGCCCCGCCCACAACUUUGAGCCGCCGCACUACGACGGCAUCGAGUCGCUGGUCGUCCAGGGCGACAUGUUCUUCAGCGGUUCCCGUGACAACGGGAUCAAGAAGUGGGACCUGGACCGCAGAGACCUGCUGCAGCAAGUCCCCAACGCCCACCGUGACUGGGUGUGUGCGCUGGGCGUGGUGCCGGGGACCCCGGCGCUGCUCAGCGGCUGCAGGGCCGGCGUGCUGCGGCUCUGGCACACCGACUCGCUCGGCCCCCUGGGAGAACUGAGGGGCCACGAGAGCCCCAUCAACGGCAUCGCCGUCAACAGCAGCCACAUGUUCACCGCCUCCGACGACCGCACGGUGAAGAUCUGGCGAGCUCGCGGCGGCCUGGACGCCGGCCUGGAGACGGCCGACACCAACGCCGACGAGGCGGCGAGCACCUAGCGGCGGCGGCGCCUGCUAGCCUCGGACCUGGAGGGACGUUUAUCGGCCUCGAUUAACGCCGCCGCUCUGCACUUUGACCCCUAACCCGACACCUGACACACACCUGGAACACACCUGACACACCUGGAACACACCUG